AGAUGAAAACAUUGGCAGCAGCAAAAUGGCGUCUGCCUUGUCAGAAGAAGAGUUUCAUCGUAUGCAGCUUCAGCUGAUAGAGCUGAGGACAACAAACUAUGAAUUUGAGGGCAAAUUGAAGAAAAUAGAGAGAGAGCUCAUAAAUUCAGCUGAGAAAAAUGAAGCACUGGAGAAAGAACUGAUUAAAGCCAACAAGGCAAUCAACAAGAGCAAGAAAGCUAAGGAGGUAGAGCUGCUUCUCCAGGAGAGUGAUGGACUCCAGAGAAAGCUCCAGAGUCAGGAAGAGGAGUUCCGGCUUCAGAACCAGACUCUCAUGCAAGAACUCUCUGCACUGGUAGCCAGAAAUGAAGAAUUGGAAAAAGAAGCAGUUGAAAAGACACAAUCAGGGGGAGAUAACUCUACCCAGAAGGAAAGUGACCCAGCACUAGAGGAUGAAGUGAGAAGGUUACAGGCCCAGAAUGCAGUACUGCAGAAGAAUCUGACAGCCGCACAGGAAAAAUAUGAGCAGCUCUUGAGCCAAGGGAUGUCAGAUUCUGGUCACGUGACCGGUGUGCGAGAAGCUCCGACGGGCGAUGAAGCCAACAGAGACGACAUCCAGGUGGAUGGACAGGAUGCCACAGAUGGCACUGUUAAUACUUCUGUACAAGAUGGGCCUGAGAAUGGUGAAAACAGAAGAGUUGAGGACUUAGCAGAAGAAUUAAGCAAACUCAAGCUCAAUCUGGAAACAGAAUCAGAGGAAAAGAAGAUCCUGAGGGAUCAGCUCACAUCUAGUGAGAAAAAGUACAAGGAUCAGUUGAUUACUCUCCAGGAUGAAGCUGAAAAAGUAACUGAAAAAUUAAAGAAAAAGCAGGAAAGCUUUGUUAAUUUACAGUCUGAGAAGGAAGAGCUAUUCAAAGAAAGCAAUAAGAAGAUUGAGGAGUUACAGUCAGCGAGGGACAGAGACCAGAAGUAUUAUCAAGACCAGAUCAACAAACUGCAGCAGGAGAUUGAGAAACAUAAAAAAUCUGAUGAGAGUAAGCAGUCCUCAUCAGAUCACCAGAUACAGGAUCUACAGAGAACUGUGAAGACUCUUCAGUCACAGGUUGAUGCUGCUGGCAUUGUGGGCUCCCAGCAGCUCCAGGAACAGAGCAGCAAGUAUGAGCAACAGGUCACAGAGCUACAGAACAAAGUGGAACAGCUGUCACAGCACAGGGAGGACUUGCAGCUGCAGCUGAGGGAGAGCCAGAAGGCGAGCCAGGAGACCCUGGACCAGCUCCAGGCUGCCCAGAAGGAGAGAGACACAGAGAUACAGGCCCUACAGGAGGUCAGCAAGAUUGCUGAGAAGAGGAAAUCCCUACUGGAUGAGCUGGCCAUCAAGUACCAGAAGGACUGUGACUCUCAUCACGCCUACAUCAAGCAGGUGGAGGAGAAGCAUGGGGACGAGGUGCAGGCACUGCAGAAACACAUAGAGGAACUAGGGCUAAGAUGUGAUCAGUUACAGAAAUAUGAACAUCAGUGCGAUGAACUCCAGACAAGAGUUAAGUCCCUUGAAGAUGCAAAAGGCUGGUUGGAGAGACGAUUGAAGGAAACAGAGGAGAACAUGCAGCAGGUGAAGCUGAGUCACGAGGAAGUGAUCAGUGAGAUGAAGUCCAGCCAGGAGACGGAGAUGCUGAAUCUCAGGUCAGCCCACAAAGAGGAGGUCACUGCAAUACACGAAAAAGAACAAAUAGAAACUAAGGAAUGGCAAACUAGGGAGGAGAGUUUAAUGGAAGAGAUUGGAAGCCAGAAGGAAAGGAUUACAUCUUUAGAACAGGAAAUUAAAGACAGUGUAGGUGAGAAGAAGAUCCAUGAAAAGAAAGGCAUGACUAUGCUGAAGGACCUGAAGCGGCAGCUCCAUGCUGAGAGGAAGAGGGCAGAGAAACUGCAGGAGAGGCUGCAGGAUGUCUUGUCUGAUACCAAGAACAGACAGAGUAUAGAGGAUCUGUUCCGGCCUGUCGACCCGUCAGACCCACUAAGGGGAGACAGCAGCUCUGUGUCGUCCUGGAGUGCAGGAGCCAGUGGAUUAGGAACCAAAGACUCCAUGGCCAGUGGGCCGCAGUCACCCAACCACACGGCCAACUUCAGUUUCACCAGUGAGGUGGAGCAGGAAUAUGGGGAGUUAAUGGCACGGGUUGCUGAUGUACAGCAGCAGAAGUGGGCUCUGGAGGAGAAGGUCUCUCAUCUGGAGACAAGCAAUGCAUGCAUGGCUGAUGACUUGUUGAAGAAGACUGCCAUCAUUAGCUACUAUGUCAUGGACAGCAGAUCAGAUCGUCGACCAUCCCAUUCCCACAACCAUGACGAUAAGUUGUCCCUCAACAAGAUCCUGGAGGUCAUUAAGAAGGGAGAUGACCAGGAACUUAAAGAUAUGAACAAGAAGCUUCAGCGUAUGUUGGAAGAGACCCUCACCAAAAACAUGCAUCUCCAGCAGGAUCUGGAGAUAAUGUCCCAAGAAGUUGUGCGGCUCAGCAAGCUCAGUCACUCCCAGACAACACCACAAACCCCACCUGAGGAUGAUGGCAUGGACAUCACUGAUGCGGAGAUGUCACCUCCUCAUAGCAUCUAA